UUGAACAAAUUCUGGUAGGACCCUCCCGGGUUUGGCCCAUUUGGUUUUGUUUGGUCUCUAUUGAAUACCACCCAGGAAGAUAGGUUUCAUUUCCAUCUAGCUACACCCAUUAUCUCCCAGGAAGAUAGGUUUCAUUUCCAUCUAGCUGCACCAAUUCAAAUAAAUGUUCAAGGGUGUAAGAUGUAAGGGUGUAAACAGAAUCUGAAGUCAGAGCAACUCAGCACUGCCAGUGGAGCAACAUCCAUCCACCAAGAUGGAUAAGAUAUUCAAUCUCCUCGCGCAGCACAGACUGGAGGCCUACUACAAUACAUUCCUCACUCUGGGUGUCCAAGAUGAGAGAGAUUUCAUUGAUGGCGUAAAUGGUGAAGAUUUAGACAAAAUGAAUUUCAGUCAUGUAGAAAAGAAUCGCUUUGAAAAAAUGAAAGAUUUCAUCCAACGACUCAGAGCGCCACAGCAAGCAAUGCCUGUACAGAAAUCGAUGGAGUCUUUCCAUCUGCGGUACACAUAUCCCCACUGUCCUGAGCCAAGAGACAUCAGAGACAUGGAUCCUGCCCAAAACACAGUUGAAGAUCUGAUGCUAAGGAUUUGUCACCAAGAGGCCAUUGGGAAUUCCAGAGCCCUGUGCCUCUACACCAUUGAGGGAAUGCCUUUAACUGAUGAUCCUUUCUUCAACACAUGGUCUUUGAAAGACAGGCACAUUGAAAAUGGAAGUGAGCUUUAUGCCAUAUUUACACCCAAGGAGAACUUGAAACAAGCCCCCCACAUGCCACAACGAGAGAUGACUGACAUCUCAGGAGAGGAGAAUGUUCGAUGCCACAUUAUGCUCAAGGGAGACUAUGAGGUCAAGGUGGACUUGACAAGUGACACAAUUAGAGUCUUGAGACAAAAGCUCUCUAAUGAAAGUGGAAUCCCAGCACAUGUCCUCCUUUAUAAAGGUGAACACGGUGAAACUUUGCAAGAUUGUGGAAUCAAUGAGGAGACAACUGUGCCCUUUUCUUUGUCCUCACUCCCCGAUGAGAAUCAGGACAACAUGGAAUUCUUCUUGAAUGAUGUUGUACCCUCAGUGCAACAAACCCGGAAAGGACUCAGUGCUUUCUUUUCUUCACUAUAUACCGUUAAAGUUCAACAUUCUGGGGAGGGAUUCAAGAAAGUGAAUGCGUACAUUCGAAAGCUCAGUGGAUGUAAUCCCCUGGCACAAAGUUUGUAUCAGCUGUUGUGCAGAAAUGAAAGUGGAAGUAGGACCCAGAAGAUUGCCAUUGUUGAGGGAUUGUACACUCUCUUCAGAGAGCUGUUGCCAAGCCUCGAUAAAAAAAGAGGUGACAAGAUCAUUGAAGACCCUGACGUGUUUGAGAAUGCACCAGUUUGCUGGGCCUACCUGAUAUCUAAAGCAGAGGUAUGCCAGAAAGAGAGUUCACAACAUGAGGUCUUUGCACCGAUAUGUUUGACCUCUCAACCAGGAGUGCGCUUCUGCGACCCAGUUCAAGUACCUGGACUACCAGAUGUCUUUGAAAGAGAGUAUGUCCUACAGAAAAUUAAAGAUGGAGAAAGAAUCCCAAACUGCUCUGCUGAGAUCCUGACAGAAACUUCAAUGUGGAGAGCUACCGAUGUCGAAAAGAUUUUACUCAGUCUGCCUCCAUCCAUCAAAACAUUCCCUGUUUGGGUUUCAUAUGGACUUGUGACUGGUCAAAACUUUCAGAUCAAACUAGAUGAGACAUUUGCCAAGAUGACUGAAGAAUUGAAUGCUUACCCUCACCUGACAGUCACUCCACCACUGCAGUUGAAGGAUGUAGGAGUGGAUGGGCCACGUCUGGUUCUUUUGAAAGAAGAUAACCUGGGUGUUUACAUUGAAAAAUCCAAAAGAUCUCCUCAGGAUUUCGUUGUUUUCGAUUGCUUAGCUGGGAAAAACAAAACUUUGAAUGUGGACGAAUUGGCACAUGAAAUAAGAGACACCAGAAGUGACCAGACUUUCAUGACCACCAGGACUCCUAAAGAGGCAAUAUUGGUGGUAGUGGAUUCAAGCUCCUCCAUGAACGAGACAUGCUAUGAUUCAGAUGACAAAAUGACACGGUUGGAUGCAAUCAAACAGCUGUUUGAUAACUUCACAACUAGAAGCAUGGCUUACGAUUUCCAUCAUGUCAUUGGCUUGGUGAAGUUUGACUCAUCAGUUAAGACUCUCCACACAUUUACAGAGACUCUGGAGACCUUUAAGGAGCACAUACACAAUCUUAAGGCAAAUGGACGCACUGUGCUGUAUGAUGCCUUGAAUCAUGGCACAUCUGAACUGGAAAAAGUUGGAAAGCAAUUUCCAGACUGCAGACUUCGCAUCAUAUGUCUCACAGAUGGGAAUGAUGUGGGGUCAAAGACAAAACCAGAUGAAGUCACAACCAAGUUGAUACGCUUUAACAUUAUUGUUGAUGCCAUCGUUGUCGGAAAGGUGGAUAACCACAUGCUCCAUGGAAUCAGCAAUGCAACAGGAGGGUGCUGUUUCAAACCAGAAACAGGUACAGCUGGUCUGAAGCUCUUUGAAAUGGAAACAGUUCUAUCUUUGGAGAUGAGGAAGCCUAAGGAAAAAAUGAACCCAUCCUCCAUUACGAGCAAGAGUGUUUUAACUUCUCUCUUCGCCAAAAAUGGCUAUGAUGAGCAGCCAGAGGUUUCUCUACCAAGUAAAUUAAACAGUAAAGUCACUGUGACAGAGAAUUCAUUGAAAAAGAACAUCAAGGAAUCCAAGAGCAGUCGGUUUUUGGAGAAGGACAAACGCAUUCUGGAAGAGCUGAAGAGUCUGCAUUGUGACCCACAUCCAUUCUGCACAGUUUUGCCAUUAGAGUCAGACUUCACGUUUUGGAAGAUUCUCAUGCAAGGCCCCCCUGAUACACCUUAUGAGAAUGGAGCCUUUGAACUGUACUGUCAGUUUGGUGCUGAGUACCCUGUCAAACCUCCACUUGUGCGCUUUGUCACACCUGUGUACCACUGCAACGUAAACAAUGUGGGACGUAUCUGCCACAACAUAUUUGACCGCAACUACUCGGCUAACAUAACCAUGAGAGAGAUCUUGGAUGCUGUGUAUGGCCUGCUCAUCGUCCCUGAACCUGAAGAUCCACUGGACAGUAUUUUGGCAGAGGAAUUCCUAACCAGCAGAGAAAAAUAUGAACAAGAGGCCAAGAAAAACACAGAGGAAACUGCAGGCAAUUCAAUGAAUGACAUGGAACAGAAAUUGGUGGGUGAAGAGUUGACUAAGAAGUUCACUCCCUCACAUCUAAUUUGUCCGCUAUCCAAGAAGAUGUUCAUUGAUCCAGUUAAAAACAAGGAUGGAACAGUUUAUGAGCGAAAGGACAUUGAGAAACAUCUACAAAUGCAAAGGACUGAUCCAAAAACAAAUAAACUUCUAAGACGAACUGACCUCAAGCCAGACACAACCAUGCAGAAAAUGGUGAGGGAGCACCGCAGAAAGGAGUAUAUGGAGACAAGUGUUUGAAAACACAACAUGGCAGCCAAAAUGUCUUCCUGUCGAAUGCAUUUUUGGGAGAAACACGAUGAUGGUGAGGGAAGUGUUACCCAUUGGGUUAUUGAAUGGUAUGAGAUGUUCCAGAGGGCCUUCAUCUAUGUGGGGGUUUUAUCUAUGCACUUCAUGGGUAAACCAGAUAAGAUUUAUAUUAUGCUAAUUUUCUGUUAAUCUCUGUUAUUAAUCAAGAGCAUUUUUUUUUAUGUUAAAAUUAGUUGUGUAUCACAGUUGUCAUUAGACUGUUGUGAUAAUCAGAUAUCUAGGAGAUUCCCAAUAUCUUAAUAUAAUGACAUGGGUUACUUUUAAAUAUGCUGUUAAGCCAAAUUCAAUGAUUCAAGGUCGAGGGCCCACAUUAAUGAUGGUGUUUUCAGUAGUUUACUUUAAUUCAACUUAACACAGUGAUUUAAAGAGGCAAUCUGAAGUUCAGACAAUAACAAAGAGGACACCCCGCCACUGAUAUCGUAAACAGCUGAGGGAUGGUGCUGGAGGUACGUAACCACUCUCAAAUUCAUGGACAGAGCUAUGGAUGCAUAUACUGACCAUCCAUGAUAUCAAAAGCAUAGUUUUAACCUUGUUUGAAGGCAAUGCUGUGUUUGUUUACACGUACAUUGUUUACAAACAACGGUGUAAAAAAAGCUUAUAAUUUGGGUUCUGACGGGGUAUGACAAUUGAACUAAGCACAUGAGGCAUUUUUACGUUGUUUUCCUCAAGAAUCAAUGGCUAUAUGUGACUAAUUUCAGGAAACUAGGCGCAUGUCGCGCGCCACUACUUCACAGGAGAGCCAUUUGAACGUAAACCUUUUUUUGGGGGGGGCAGAAAUACCUUCUGGAACAUGUGAACUUUUAUGUGCCUUAACAACAAACUUUUAUGCCAUUUAUAAAUACGAAAUAAAAUUGUUAAACCUCUUAA